AUGAAGAUGCUGAUGUGUGACCGCGGCGUCCAGAUGCUCGUGACGACGGUGGGCGCGUUCGCCGCCUUCAGCCUCAUGACCAUCGCCGUCGGUACCGACUACUGGCUGUACUCGCGCGGGGUCUGCCGCGUGAAGAGCAGCGGCGACAACGACACGAGCCGCAAGAACGAGGAGGUGAUGACGCACUCCGGCCUCUGGCGAACCUGCUGUCUGGAAGGAACAUUCAGAGGUGUGUGUAAGAAGAUUGAUCACUUCCCAGAGGACGCCGAUUAUGAAGCAGAUGCUGCUGAAUACCUCCUCCGUGCUGUGCGUGCCUCCAGUAUCUUCCCCAUCAUGAGCGUGGGUCUUCUGUUCCUGGGGGGGCUCUGCGUGGCCGCCAGUGAGUUUUACCGGAGCCGACACAACGUCAUCCUCAGUGCAGGAAUCUUCUUUGUCUCUGCAGGGCUCAGUAACAUCAUAGGAAUUAUUGUCUAUAUCUCAGCCAACUCGGGUGACCCGGGCCAGAGCGACAGCAAAAAGUCCUACUCCUACGGCUGGUCCUUCUACUUUGGCGCCCUCUCCUUCAUCAUGGCGGAAAUGGUGGGCGUGCUGGCCGUUCACAUGUUCAUCGAGAAGCAUCGCAAGCUACGGGCCAAGUCCCGCACCGAGCUCAUCAAAAAGUCCGCCUUCAGCCGCAUCCCGUCCUACCGCUACCGCUUCCGGCGUCGCUCCAGCGUGCGUUCUUCCGAGGCCCCCAGCCGCGACGCCUCACCGCUGGGGAAGGGCGGCUACACGGGGCCCGCCGCCUCCGAGAUGCCCAUGUACACGCUGAACCCACGCGAGGCAGGCAACGCCGGCACCAAACCUGGCGGCGGCAUGGGCGGGCUGCUCAACUCAGAGAGGGAGUUCCUCCAGAGCAGCACGCUCACUAAAGACUACAGCAAGGACCCCAACCGCAGGACCACGCCCGUCUGA